AUGCCUUCGAUGUCCAAGGACAAGCGUGGAUCACGUCGAGUUCGGGUCUCAGAAAAUCGCGGUUUGUCCAGCAAAUCACAACCGAUCCCCAUACCAACUGCUCGGGUCCCUCUGUCUCGGUUAAAUGGAAAUCGCGGAUCUACCGCGGAGGGGAUUAGACCCAAUCGGGAAAAUCUAGGCACAACUGUGCCUGAUCAGAAUACAAACGGAAAUACUGUCAAUCCGGAGGGGAAUGCAUCGAAUCGGCGAAACUCUUCAGCAUCUAAAACGCAGUCAGAAUAUCUACUCAUUUGUCCGGAGUUUCCUGAACGCUGUGAGCCAUAA